AGCAGACGUCUCCACGGGAGAAAGGUUCUUGUGAAGUCUUAUUAAAUUACCAGCAUCUGUCGGUAGUGAGGUAAAACUAAGUUGUCUCACGGACGGCCUAUCGUGUGUUGGCCGAGUUUCGGCGGAGGGUAGCUACUUUGCUUCCUUGAAUCAAUUAGCGAGUAAUCAAAAAGUGUUCAGUGUUAAGAGAUCAGCCGAUAUUUGCUUUCUCAUCGACCCAAGUGUGGAUUACUGGGAACACUACUCUAGUACCAUUCGGUAUGGUGUUAAAGGAGUCUACACAGUGUCUGGAUGCAUCGUGCUCCCCGUAUCACUUUUUCAUCAUGGAUUUCUGUCUUUAUACGUGAUUACCAAGUGUGUUCGCAUCUUGGAGGAAAAGAUGAAAUAACCAAGGUGGUCGAAGAUGCAGCUGUCUGAUCGGAUAGGAUAUCUACUGGCAGUGGGAAAUAUAAUCGUGCUGCUUUUGUACAUUCCGAGGACAUUAUGUCAACAUUUACCAUCUCAAGAUGAGGACAAGUUUGAAUUUGAUAUCAACGAACUAGAUAUAUUUUACGAUACUCAUGUGAUUCCCGAAAGUGUAUCGGUGCCAGUGUAUCUUUAUAAAGGAAAAUCCCAAAAUUAUUUUUUCAGGGUGGAGAAGAAUAAUUUGCCCCUAAAAAUUAUUUUAUCCCCAUGUUCUUCAUCAAUUAAUUGGUCAAUAAAACGGCGAGACAUUCUUCCUGAUAUAGAAGACGAUGACGGCAACGAUUACGAGGAUAUAAACGAUCGAGACCCAUUCCAUGCUCAAAGAUCUAAGAAUCAGAACCCUUUAUCACCUUAUACUUUUCUAGGUAACUUUACUGGUAAGGAACCUACAACCUACUAUCUGAGACGUGCUGCAUCUGGAUUAUAUAUGAUAGAGAUAUUGUCUCUCAAUAGUGAUACCACUGUAGACUUAUAUGGAAGUACAACGUCUUAUCCCGUUCAUCUGAAACCAUCACUGCCUAAUGAUAAAUCAGUGUCUAUUACUUCUAAAUCUAACAGAAUGUUUACUUUCGAAUGGAAACAGAGUAGUUUUGAACUUGGAUUUAACGAUUCGUUGGAGUAUUGUGUGGCUGUGAAUAGAGUGAAAAAUUAUAAAACAUAUUGUGAAUUAAUGGCAAAGGUCUUGGUGCAACGCAAAACCAAAUCGUCCGGCGGUUGGGGAUUCAGUUGGGAACAAACACAAAAGCGCCAAUUAGACAAAAAGGGUGCCCGCGGUAAAAUAAUUUAUGAGUGUAUCGGAUCUAAGACAAAGUACACGUUUAACAAAGCUAAACCAGGAAAGACAUAUCAUGUAGAUGUGUUUGUUCUCAACAGAAAAGUCAACACAGUUGCAGCUUAUUCUGGCAUCAGAGUGAAAACCGAGCGACGAAAAAAGAAAAGAAGAAAGGCGUUGCUGCAAGAUGGUAAAAGAAAAACCAUAAAAUUACGUAAAGGUUCAAGCGAACAAAAUGUUAUGUUUAAAGUCGAGUCAAGAUUAGAUUCGGCUGUUUUAGAACUGAAAUCAUGCCGCGGUAAAAUACCUAUUACUAUUUACCAUGGUAAUAAAAACAUUCACCAAACGGUGGUUUCUCGGAUGAAAGUGCUUCGUAUGAAGAACCUCCCUGUAGGUGUAUAUACUGUCAAAUUAACUGGCAAUAAAAAUAGAAAGAGAGUUUUGUCGAUGCUUUUUACAACGGCGACGUACAAAAAACCUAGGUUGCCAUACAAUCCGGAAAUAAAGGUAAUUGACAGUGUGUCGACAUGUCAUUCAGUGACUCUUUCUUGGUCGCUCACCAGCUUAAAACAGAGAUACUGUUUGUACGUGCGAGAAUCUCCCACCAUUUCUAAUAAAAGAAGUCAUCAUUGUCUAGAAAUGGCAGGGCGAAGGAAAAAAGACAAAGUGAUGUGCGUACGUUUAAAACGGAAAGAUCGAGACAAGGCAAUCUUUACAUAUAUUGUAAAGUCACUUAAAUCUGACACAGACUAUGUAUUUGAUGUUUAUGUGAAUAGGGGAAUCGGUGCAUCAUUAGCAUACCAUAGCAUCGUUACGCGGACUAAACCCGAUUGCACUGAAUGAUUUAAUGGCGAAAAUCCCCUCAAUUAUAUAUCUUCGACUCCUCAAGCCGCGGGAGACACCACACGGGCUGGUUCCAAACUCACAACCGACUAAAGCCAGUUGGAAAGAUAAUUUCCGCAGGCUUUUGGUAUAAAAUAUCUCGAGCAGAGCAUUCUGUCUGUUCUAGUAUGCCAGUUUGAUGUUGUGUUGUGUGUGUGAGCGAUCACAUUGUGAAUAUUGUGAAUCUAGUCCACUGUGCAAAAAGCUUCCUUGAAGUUACAGAUCUGACAACCAGCGUAUUGCUUACGGUUCGUGCAAAACUAGAUGUCUGUAGUAACGGUGGUGAACAAGCAGAUGCUGCUUGCAAGCAGAUCCAAAGUUAGACAGAGCUUAUUCUGGGAUUUUUAUGUGUUUUAUUGGUAUAUUUUGUUUACAUUAUAAGGUAAACCCACGAUUAUAACAUGUUUCACAUCAUAUUGGAAAUUGUUCCAAAAUAGCACGCUUAUAUCGGAGUAUAUACAUUAAUAAAUUGUGCUUAACAAAUUAGUCCCCGUCAAUCGCUGACGUGUUCCAACACAUCGCAAGGACGGUCUAUAAACGCUUUCGUUAGGUAUAUAUAUGACCUGGCGUUUUAAUAUGACAACAACAUGUGUUUUAUUAGUUUAGAACACAGUGUGAAUGUUAUACUAGAAUUAAUAGUGAUAAACUGAAAAAGAAUGUGGUGAUAAUAUGAGGAACUAAGCAACUGAUCAUGUUCUUCAAUAGUGCAGAAAGGGUAAAAAGGCACGAUAAGUGUGUGUAAAGCCCCACUUAGAAACUGUCAAGUGUCAGAAACUAACGUGUAUAUAGAACAAAUUUGAUUGCAUAUGGAAUCUAUAUGAUAUUAUGAUAACAAGGAUAGUGGAAACGCAUUUGUAUAAAAUUGUAAACAUUUGAAGUGCUCAACAAUUGGCUGGGGAUUUCGGGGCCUACCCAAGGGGUGUGAAAUGCAUUUCUAACAGAUGGCCAUUUCCAAGACAAUUGUAAAAAAAGACGUGUGUGUGCCAUGAUAAUAAUGAAAAAAAUGAUACUUGUACUAAACCAGAGAGUGAACUACAAUGCAUACAUUGAAUAUUUUAACUAAUUUUUAUCAAUGCUUAAAUAUUUUAUGAGCAACAAAAAUCCUGUGUUCUUUGUUUUCUUAUUAUGUUCUUGAAAGACGAUGUUCUUCUAUGAAACACACUACGACCCCCUCCCCCAACAUUUAUAUUUAUAAAAAGGUGCGAGAGGAAUGGUAUAUAUAUAUAAAUAUAUAAACAUAAACAUAUUUGUUAUAUAUAUAGUGGAUAUCCGCGUCGUGUAAUGGGUUGGUAAAUAUUUCUUUGUGACUACCAUGUUGGUUUUUGUCUUACUGUGCCACAACGUAACCAAUCACCAUGUCUAUAAUCUUGAAAUCCAAAGAUGGUAUUUUAUUAGGAGAGGACGAGUCUGGGUUUAAAGCUGGUAAUUGUAACUUUAUUCUAAAGCGAAAUAUAUCUGAGCUUUUAGUUAGAAACAUUUUUAAUAAGAAAAUAAGACCUGAAAAUAAAUGGCAAAUUAUCAUUAAUAGUUGAAACCGUCACUGGCCUGGCUUUCUUAUAGACAUGUAUACACGUUUCAUCAGAUUUUAUUCGACGCGUAAACACAUAGAAGAAAAGUAAUCUAGAUGUGAUUAGUAACGGCUUCAACCUGGCCAUGUGGAAUAUCUUAGGCUUAGUUUGUGUUAAAGAUCAGACAAGAUAUAGAGUCGUGUUUUCUGUAGAAGUAUGUGGAUUCAUUAGGGUAUCCAUCAUCUUAUUUUAUCAAAUAAAAGGUCUUUUAUUUCUACAGCACCCAUUACUAACUGUCGGCCAGUUAUAAUUUCACCCCUUCAUAAAACACAUCAUUUCAUUCCGUGCAAUUUAUAAAAUUAUUGCAGUGUUCUUUAUCAAAUAAAUUACAUUGAUAGCAAGAGAUGUAAUUUGACGAGGAACGGUGACGACUAUAGAAUAAGCAGUUAGCUUGUACUUUUACUGUAUUUUUGUCAUGGUGAUACCUUAUACAUGUAGUAACAUUCUAUGAGUACUUAGAAUAUUGGUUUUCUGAUAGUAUAUUUAUGCAUUCUUAGAUUGAUGAAGAGCGCACUUAGACGGGGUUAAUAUUGAAACCGACUUUAACAUACAAGAUAUUUAGGAACCUGAUUACAAUACUACAUGUCGUAAGGUUGUAUUCGGUGAACUGUUGCAUCGUCGUUUUUUUUUUAAAAAAAUGAUCCGAAUUCGGGUUUCAAGAGGCCCUUAACAUGGUUUAUUUCCUAUAUCGCAUUAUCUUCCAAAAUCCCGCGCACCCAGCUCUCAAAGUUCAACUGGACAAAGCAUUUUAUUGGUUAAUAUCGUGGGUUAACGUCAUCUUGGCCUUCCUUUGGUCCGCUAUUGUUAGCUACUUUGGACAAUCUAGUUGUAUUUAAGCCUUGCCUACACCCGACAUUUGAUUGGCAUGUUGCUUAAUUUACUCGGUAGAUACAACCUUGCUAUUGCCAAGAGCAGUUAACUGUUAUGGGCUAAGGUGAAAGUGAGGUAAAAAAGCGGCCUUUAUUCCAGCUAUAAAGUCUGUGUUUUAAUCAGAUACAUGUCUUUUAAAUUAAAUUGUGUAGGUAAACUAUCCAAAAGACGUUGAUAUUCACUGAACAUCCUUAUACAAAGUUAGAUAAUUUGAACGCGGCUUGCAUGUCCCUUUGCACCAAAAUCUAUGUUCCUAUAAUACACAACGUUUCGUCACCUUUUGAAUAUACUUCUCAUUCUAUAGGACUCCAUCAAGAAUCAUCAUAAAGGAAUAUAGUUUCAUUUACAUAUUUCUUCAAUCAUUGGCUAAUAUUUGAAAAUGGUUCAGCAUUACUAUUCAUGGAAUUAAAAAUAGUAUAAAUGUUUAUUUGUUAAUCCAUUUGUACAUGUAUAUCACAUAAUUAGAGCUUACAUAUUCAAGUAUAUGUAUAUGUAUAUUAUUAUUAAUUGAAUCUAUCGGAGUUUAUUUGUGAUAUGUUUGUUAUCUUCAAUAAGCAAUCUACAGUGUAGGUGGGCUAAUGGUGUGAAUUUGUUUUUCAAGUCUCUUACAAUUUCAGUUCAUCUUUAAAAAAACAAGCUUUUGCAAGUGUGUUGAGUAAUUAUUCUUUAAAAAAAAAAUCCAUAAUAAUUAUCUUAUCUUUUAGAUUCAGAAGUGAAAUAUCAAUAAAUGUUUCAAGAUAACCAAAGUAAAUCAGGAUAUUAAAAAGCCCGCUUAGAUAUUAAGUUUAAACAAAAUAAAAAGUAAAAAUGUAAUACGCCCAAUAACCGCGAUAAACCUAUUAAAAUUGAAAUAAUUAUUUAAAUGAAAUAUAAUAAGUACGUGUUUUUCAGAUUUAAUGAAAAAACUAUUUUUACUCUUAGAUAAAUAUGCUAAUCAAAAUAUUAUGUACUGGUAUAUAAUAACUAUUCGUUUUUAUCUCUGAUGUUCAAUCACAUUAAAGUUCAUAGUUUAUUUGCUUGCUAUUUGUCUAUAUAUAUUCACGUUGGAGGUUGUGAUAUAUGCUGAAAUUCAUAUUAUAUAAAAAGAAUGCAUAUGAUAUAGAUAAUCAUUAUAAACAAAAGGCUCAUCAAGGUUUUUAUUUGUUAUCAACUAGUCUGUUGCAGUAUUUCCUAUCUGUUAUAAAUAUAUAUACGGUCAAUUUUUGUAGAUAUAUGCCUUUAUUUAAUGUUAAUACUGUUAAUGUUGGUAAUAUUAAUAUUCAUGUAAUAAAUUGCCAUAAA